UACUGCCUCAACCACAAUCGCACAAGGUUUUAUCUCCUCAAUUAUUUCGUGAAUGUGUUUGAACUUGUUCUUCAUGUUUAAUUAAUCAAGGAAAGUGCUAUUAAAUCUGUUAUAUAAAAGUAAUAUAACAAUAAUCGUAGUUAUGGAAGAUUUUGAUAAAUCUAAGGAUUUAUUUCAAUACGCCCAAGAUUUGAUUAACUUGGGUGUUAUUAAAAAUCAAGAUGAUUAUUUAAAGUUUUUUCAAUCCAACUCCCUCGUUGGUGAAGAACUCGAAAUUGCUCAAAAGCUUGUAAACGAUCAUUGUUUUGGAAGAGGAAAUGAAGAGAUAAUGUUUGAAGACUACGAAUUAAAUGAAGUGGAAGCUUUAUGUAGGAUUUUUCCUCAAUGUACAAGUACAAAUAUUAAUAAAAUAUAUAAAAUGAUUAAUGGAAAUGGUCAUAAUAAAAUGCAAACUAUUCUAAGUGUUUUAUCAAUGUAUACUAAAAUGCACUUGGAAAAUCAUUUGGUUCAGAAAAAUCCAUCCACUUCCAAUAUUCCCGAUAGUGGUAUCCAAGAUAAUGGUGUUCGAGAUAAUGAUAUUCAAGAAAAUGGUUUAGAUUAUUUAUUUAAUUCUUCUCCUCCUGCAAUGUGGUCAUCUUAUGGAGUCAAUCCAAAUAUAAAUAAUUUUAAUGAUGGUAAUAGCGUUACAAGUUCUGUAAUGCAACCAUCAUGUAGUACAUAUAGAAGUAAUUUUUAUGAUUUUUCUACAAAAAGUACACCUUCAGCGACUAUUGUUAGACCUGAAACAUCAACAAAUGUUAAUCAAUCAAUGUCACCCAAUCGUUUUGUUGAUUUUCCUUUUAAUAGGACGGAACAAAUCGGAAAAGUAACUUGUAAACCUAUGGAGUCAUUGGUUCAACCACAGUCCGAUGAUUUUAAAUGUUCAUCUUCAUGUAAUGAAGUUACAGAUUUCCUGGAACGUUUUAGUGAUGGAAAUGAAGAAUUUAUAAAUAACCAAAUGGAUGUUGAAACAAAUUUUCAAGCUAAUAAAGGUACAGGACAAACAGAUGGAUUAGGUAUACUUAGACAACCAGUUUUUUAUCAUCCCAAGCCACAAGAAAAUAGAGAAUAUAUUGCUUCCUCUUCUACUGAAACAAUGCCCUACUCUAAAUCAACCGGUACUAAACAUAAACCUCUCGAUUUUGUUCGUCAUAGAGAAACGAGGCGUAAUGAAAACAAAAAACAGAAAUUAGAUCGAAUAUUUCCUAACGAAAGAAAUUAUGAUGCUAUUAUUUCCGAUGUUAACUCUGAUAGUGAUGAAGAAAUAGAUUAUAUAAGAGAAACUAAUGAAAAAUGUAGAAAAUUAUGUAGAAAGCGCUGUAAAUGCACCCAACGGAAACACAAGGCUAUUUUAAAACCGGCUCGAUUUCAACCAGAUAAUGAACCGAUCGAUUUAAGUGAUUAUGCUGAAAUAAAUGAAGAUUUGUUGUCGGAUCUUGAUAACGAUGAUGAAGAAAUUGGUGCGGUAGCUUUACCAGCAAAGACUUGUAAAAGAGGUAAUAAGUCAAAAUCUUCUUAUUGCUCAAAAUUAAGUUCUCACAUCAUGGAGAUGUUUCCGGACGCAUGUCCCACAUACAUUAAGGAUUUGUGUAUUGGAAAAUCAAAAAAUGAACAACACAUCGGUCAAAUUUUGGAAAUUAUUUUUAAUGAUCCAAAUUACCCAAAAAGAUCACGAAAAUCUCCAUCACCUGUUGCGGAAAUGGAUCUUGAAACGCAAACUCAAUUAUUGAAGGAUAUAUUCCCUGAUGCUGAUCCAACCUAUCUUGAAUCACAAGCGUUAAUUUAUCUUUCCGAACCUGAUGGGCUAAGUGAGUUUAUUUCGAGUCAUUUGGAGAAGCGUAAUUAUCCAACAAAGAAGGAAUAUUUAAGGCGUCAACAAUUAAACGCCCAAGUCCGGCAAUACACAACCGAAUUUAAUGUUGAUAAUUUCUUGGAUAUAAUAAAAGACCCGGAAACAUAUUUUAAAGAUCUUAGCAGACGAACUAGAUCUGAUAAUCAAGUCGAACGUCAUCUUUGCGGUUUAGUAUUAAAGAAUCUUUAUUCUCGAGUAGCAAUUCGCGAUAUGCCCCCAUCUUUAUACGAACAAAAUUUAAUAAUCGCCGCUGAACAUUUAAAUAAUGUGAAAACUAUGAAAACCGUGCGUAGACCGGUUUACGUUGAUUUAUCUGCUUUACAAAAUAUUCCAUUAUUACAAGAAAUUGCCUAUUUAACUAAUCGUGCCGCUAUUUUAAAACGAGUUGAGGAUAAAAAACAUCAAGAAACUUUAGAACGCGAAGAAGCCAAAAAGAACGGUUUAAUGUUAACUUGCGCUUGCUGUUACGAUGAUGAAGUUAUGCCUAAAGAUUGCGUAAUGUGCGAAAAUGGGUGUCAUUUUUGUAAACGCUGCGUUGAAACUAGUGUGCAAAUUGCGUUUAAUGAGGGGAAAUCUGAUUUUCCAUGUUUGGCUGGAUGUGAAGUGAAUUUUACCAUAAAAAUGUUAAAGGAUGCGUUAGUUCCAAAAUUCUUUUCAAAAGUCGCACAACGUCAACAAUUACAAGAAGUAAAAGCAGCGGGAAUAGAUGAUGUUGUAACCUGUCCGUUUUGUGAUUUUGCUACGAUUCCUGCUCCCGGCGAUAAGAUAUUCAAGUGCCUCAAUACUGAAUGUAUGAAAGAGAGUUGUCGCGAAUGUAAAGAACCAUCUCAUGUGCCUUUAAGGUGCGAUGAAAUCGAGAAAGAUGACGAUGUUAAAAAAAGAAUUUAUAUUGAAAAUAAAAUGACUGAAGCGUUGGUUAGAGUGUGUUAUAAAUGUGGUUUGAAGUUUAUUAAAGAAGACGGCUGCAAUAAAAUGACCUGCAGUUGCGGGGCAUCAAUGUGUUAUGUAUGUUUAGCUCCUGUUAAAGAUUAUAAACAUUUUAACGGCCAAGGUGGCGAUCAAUUCCACUUAUGCCCUCUUUAUUCCGAUACAAAUACUUUACAUGAAAACCAAGUUAUGCAAGGUGCCGAAAUGGCAAAAGAAGAGUUGGGAAUCGCCAAAGAUGAUAAAUUAAAAGUUGAUCCUCUUGAGGAUGUUCACCAGCAUUACGAUCAACGUAGAAGCCUAGCACCACCUCCAUUGCCCGGAAUACAUGAUGUCGAGGUUGAUCCCCAAGCACGUUUUCAUAUGGUUGUGAACAUUGUGGGGCAUGGUGUACGUCCACAUAUGAUCAGAAUCAAUCAAAACCGCCAGUAUCAGAAUAGAAGAGGACAUCAUCGUCACUAGUUUUUGCAUUUUUAUUUAAAGUUAAAAUAUUUUUCUGAAUAUACGUUGUUUAUAAUAUACAAAAAAUUAAAGAUAGAUUAAUUAUUUUAUAUUUUCUUACUUUUUAUUAGGAUGUUGCCAUUAAUUAAGGUUACUUUACGUGUGUAUAUUAAUAUAUAAAUAACUAUUACACAAUACAGAAACAAAACUCUUA